AUGUUUCUGAUUUCGUCCGGAGAAUUUCGUUUGGCCGCAUACUAUCUGAUACACAACCUCGGGGCUGAGUACGAUAAAAGGAAUGAGGCGCUGGAUUUCGUCGAAGGUCUGCUCGAGUCCGAUUUGAAAAAAAAGCGGAAUGCGGUGGAAAGGAAGAUGAAGCCCGUCCAAAAGGCGGCGCGAGAUCUCUUGCUGAUUGAGGCGUACAAAAUGUACGCGAGCCAAUUGACGGGCUUUAUUUUGAACCCGAGGUGGUUUCUUCAGCUCGAUGAAGGGACAAGUAUUGAAGCGCAAUUUCUGGAAACCCUUAAGGCAGACAAGGCUGAAGUGGCGUGGAAGAGCUGGUGGUCGCAGUUCGUCAAGUUACGGAAUACAGAGGUAUUGCCGCGAAAUUGAGUUCGACGUAGCUACUCUAGAGUGAGAAGAUGGCUGGGGUUCGUUGAUUGCUGUGGUUCCACUUGAAAUAUCAUCAAUCUGCAGUGGCGUCUUUGUAGAGCCGCAGGAGGUGCAGUGAUUCAAUAUCUCAGAAAAUUUUUGAUCAACAGUUGUGUGAAGAGCAAGACCUUCAGUGACAUAAGUAAGAAGGUUAGUACUCACUUAAAUCCCUGAUAUUAACCCUAUGGCAGGUAUCAGAGGACGACGUCAAAGCGAUCAUGGGCAAGUUUGAGGCAAAGCCCACGCUGGGCGCUAGUGCUGCAAGUAGCGCGGAGCAGCAGCGCGAGCAACCGAGCCAGCUCGUCGCGGUGCGAGCAGCCGGGUCGGAUAGCGAGGAGGGUGAAAGCGACCUCGGUCCCCACUCCAUCCUCGACUUGGACGCCCAGACUGCUGGUGUCUUCGAGAAGUUGUGUCUGGUCCUGGAGGUCAAGCCGAAGUACCGAGAGGCGCCACGUGAGACGUUGUCAGUUAGCCUGAUCGAUCAUUUUGCAAGGCUACAGAUCGGUGCGACUCGAGAAGGGCGCCGCCGUCUAGAAUGGGCCGUCUUGAUGGGUUCCACCGUUGCGGAGAAGUUGGCUCGGAAGGUGGAACUGGUCCUGACUGAAAUGCUCCGGCUGAUGCAGCGAUUCCGCGGUUGGCAGACAGAGAGGAUUUUCGAGGGGGUUUCUCUAGAUGACCGCGCGAAGGACUUGGUGAGGAACGCGCUGGAAAUCCUUCGCACUUUGAUUAUGGUCGGCGCUCCCGCCACGGAGUACGUACAUGGGCUUCUUCGCGGGAAGGAGCGUAAAUUGAACGAAGUAAUAGCGAUAGCCGAUUUUGAGUCCGAAACUGCGGAAGAAAUUCGAAAGAGCAACAGAAAGCAGCUUGAGCCGUACGAUCGGUUGUUUUCUGAAUGUAAUCUUUGGCUUGCUAGCCGAGUGCGUUUUCUGACAGACCUCAUUGCUGCUGACGGGAAAUCGGUAUCGGGUUCUGGGAAGCACAAGCAGGCUGCAGAGCCUGGUGCUCGCGUGAGCGUCGAGAUAUUGGUGGCUGACCGUGCGGAUCGGGAUAAACUUCUCCAAGACGUGUUUGAGAUCACGGAAGGGCCGGGCGACUCCGCGAACUCGCUUCGACCCCGGUGGAAGGAAACCGUAACUCAAAUGCAACAAAUGUGGCGGGAUAGCGUGACGCAUGAUCUUGACGACACUGAAAUCGCACGGAUAGUACGUCGCAAGGUUCUCGAUGCCCCAGCAUGGAAAGACAAGCUAAGCCGGCUAGUGCAGAAGCACAGAGGCGAUGAUCGCGGCAUGCGAAUCUUUAUGCUCGAACUGCAAAAUCUGGAACAGGGACAGAUGUCGACUGAGGUACCGGCCUUGACGACAUUCUGCGAACAGAUAUUGGAACCAAGCUUCUCUCGACUGCAAUUGUUCAUGCGGUUUUUGAAUAUUGCACUUCUCCGGAAAUCCUUGGUGGCCCGAUCCGACUUGCGCCCCGAGAAAACGCUUGACUUUCAGGGCGACUUUGUGUUUGAGUUCGCCGGAAUGUUGAAGGAUUUCUACCACGAGAACAUUGUGGUUCGAAACCUACCCCUCCUGGUUUCUUCUGACCAGGUUCCGGGGCAUGCACCUCUCCGGAGUACGCUUCCGGCAGUGGCCGACUUUGAACUGCUACUCUCUCGCAGCACUGCCUUUGCCGGAUUGCUCCCAGACGUAGUGCCCCACAAAGGCGCAACUACUGUGCUCACGGACUGGGUCAGCAUGUUGAUAAAUCUGCGUGGCGGCUUCGUGCUCGUGCGCGAUGUCUCCGAAAAGUUCGCCUACCAGCGACUGCGGCUUUGGGACCGGCAAGAGAAAGAGCUACGACAGAUGCGCGACAACGGUGAGCCGCCGUUGUUUCGCUUUUAUAGUGCGUACGAGCACCACAGUGAUGCCUCCUUGCUGCUGCGUUCCGCACUGCUUGGCGAUCAGCUCUUGUCGAAAUUUUGGCGUGAAAAAUUCACUCCCGAGAAUAUGAACAAGAACGUCAUUGUCCGCAGAGCUUACCUUGGGUAUUCACUGGAUGUGGUAGCGCCGGCGAACAAGCUUGCCGCUGCUCUCAUCGGAAAACCGAAGCAAGCCGGCGAUGACACUUUAUCAACCCAAAAAUCUGGUGAUGGUCUUCAGGUAGCGCACCUGUUGGCGUUUGGCUGGCGGGCUCGUAGCGCCUUGCAGUGGUGGGAAGGUCCGUCGAUGCGGGGGCGACUCCUGUGGAUUAUACUUACAGAAAACAUGGAUCAUUUCAACCCGAAGUUUAUCGGCGGGCAUGUGCUGACAUCUUACAACACAAUCGAGCUGUUGGAGGAUGUGGGCAAAUUGUUGUUCGAUCAUCUGUACCUGAAGAAAAGCGAGAGCGGUUCGGGGGACCGGCAAGGCGGACAGAAUCAAAACCCCGAGCAGGAACUCCUGACUCGCAGAGACACUGGUCGGGACCGUUUGGCGCAGGAACCGGCAGCGCGGCCCGGAGUCAUCGACGAGGACGAGGGGCAGCGGCGCCCGUGGUAUCGAUGCUGCUCUUCUAGAAGGGCGUCCAUUGCGAGGCUUGCGAUGAAUCGCGGUGCUCCUGUCCCCGGAGUGGUUCAGGUGUCCUCGUCCAUCGCUUCUACGCCAGCUGCGGAGCAGCAAAAGCAUCAUCUUUCCACUCUUCCAGGGCGGGCCAUGCCUUUGCGGGAAGACGACGAGGCAUGCAGGAGGCAAUGUGAAGGUGAAGCGGAAGACGCAUACUGGAAACUAUUGCAGCGCCCGCCGGAUAGUUUGCAGUAUGCGAGGGCACAAUCUGACAGCCUCUUUUCUCUUGAACGUGCAAUAGAAGGGGAGCACAACAGGAUGCACAACAGAGGCGGGACGUCGAUGCGAGACAUGGAGACGAAAGACGCUGCGCUGCGGCUCAUCCAGCAGAUCCGGCGGGAGAACGAUGCAGCCAAUCAUAAACUCAAGCUAGAAGGGUCUCCUUUUGCGGUGAAAGCGUUCGCAUUUUCAACGGACAGCACCGCUCGCAUGCGGGAUUUUCGCUGCGCGUUUCUGAGUUGGGUCUUGCCUUACCUGAUGGCGUUCACUGAUGCCGAAAGUAGCCCGACGAUAUCUGCAACUUUGCACAUGCGGAAGAGGUUCGCCCAAAGCCGGACAACAUUGUGCUCCGACGGUAUGCAACCCUGGCUCACGAUCUAUGAGGGUGAGACAAGCAAUCAGAAGGCUAUGGUGUCGAGUAAGCGUGGCGGUGACGAGGCACGAAAUAUGGGUAACGCGCUCGAAGCUCCAGUGGGUCACCAGGACACCAUAACGACAAUUGACCUGGCACAAGCAGCUGGGAACAAUAACAGCUACGAGUUACCUGCGCGCGUUGUGGCGUAUUUGUCCUACAUGAUGCACAAGCCUGCUGAUAAGUUGGCAGGAUUGACGGACCAGAAGGAAGUUCUGUCGCAGAUCUUGACGGACUUGGGCGAGUAUGCUCAGGACGCGCUGAAUGUUCUUGAACGUAGUACGCAGACCGGUGCGCUUGUGUUACAGGCAGCAGGCAGGGGGGCGGCAGUUGAGUCUUUGUUUGAAAGACGCAAGUCAGUGCCCCUCCCGGAAGGGCCAUCGUAUGACGAAAACUUCAUUUGGUCAGUUUGCGAUCGGGCAGCGAAGCUACAGAGGGGCGUGUAUGACAUUUUGAUGAUCCACGGCGUCGUUCGCGAAAAGGAAGCACAAGCCGAUUUUGAAAGAGAUGUACAAGAGGCAAAAGCCAAUUUUGAGAAACGCGGAAAUUUACAAAAAGCGACGCCCAGGACUCGGGUCCCACGUGCCGUCGACUAUCAGUUGUUGCUUCGUCGCAUUACGACGUCUGCUAGUGGAAAGCCAGAUCGAGAUCUGCUCGUGUCCUCGGACGAUCAGAAGGGUAUGAAGAAAUUUUGGGGACCCGAACAGAGGGGUAGAAACUUUCCGCUUCAAUUCAUAAAUUUCGAUAAGAGCAAGAGUCAGGAACAAAAAGGAAAGAAGAAGGAAUAAAAGACGAGAAGCGCGCUGCCGCAGGUAUGAAAAUUCCUUUUGCAUGGGAUUCGUUGGGAAGGGCCAGCAUGUCGUCUGUCGCAUAAGUAGGUACAAAUAUUGCGUCAGCAUGAGCAGAGCUGGCCUUCUCGAAGGAAGUUUGUGUAUUUUUACAUUUAUUUGGUGUAAGAAGUAUAUAUAAUUAAACGUUGUUCUUCUACUUUCCGCCUGUUGUUUUUACCUCAAAAUAAAUUUUCUGGCGAAGAGCAUAUCUAUGUAAGUAUUUGUUUUAUGCGAGCUGCCCAAGAUGCAAGUAGUACUUGGAUCACGAUCAUGUAAUUGCCUAUACUGCUUGCAACUGCUUACUGUUACUGCAAGCAUUCUGAAUAGCAUUUUUGAAUAGCAUGGCACGCAUUUAUUUUUUUCCAACAAAGCAAGGAGGUUAGCUAGAUGCCUCCGAACAAAUGGACCUGAAGCAUGCAAUGAUUUGGUCAAGCCACUUGUUUGACAGCGGACGUGAGGUGCAGCCACAGUGCCUACGCUUUCGUCUGGAAACCACGUUAACGCGGCUUGGUCCUCGUCGUGCAGCGCAGCACGUAGUUGCGCUGUUGACCAUAUGCUUUCUAUCGAGUACAUGAUAAGAACCUCUCUUACAACCCAGCGCGUCUCUCUCGCGAGGGUGCUCUCACAUGACGCGCACGAAGUCGCCAACGAUACGAUAGCAGCACUUCUGUAUGAUGAACUAGGAAAACCUCAACACGGGUCGCAACAGCUAUCGAUUGGCGCAGUUUUGAAUGAAGAAAGCUCCUGGAGGCAGCUUCCUCGCAGCAGUAUGCGCUAGCAUGCAGGAUUUACGAUGAAAACUGCCGCGGGCUUGCAGCCUGCGGCGGUCAGCAUCGACAGACCGUCGUAAAAAUGAAUUGACACUGUGCUAGUAGUGAUAAGUAGACGCAUAUCUGCUGCCAUCGGGAGAAAGUAG